UUGGUGACGAAGUGAAGUUUGUGCGGGAGAGAACUUCAGUCACUCUAAACUCUGGUCUUACUGAAAUAAUGGAUGGUGAUCUGAUUCAGUGGAGGUUUUUUAACACUUUAAUUGCUGAAAUCAGUAAACAGGCUGAAGGAAUCACUGAAUUUUAUGAUGAUCUUGAUGUGAGAUUCGGAUCCAGACUGAAGCUAGACAAUCAAACUGGAUCUCUGACCAUCACAAACACCAUCAGUGCACUCUCUGGACGUUAUGAACUACAGACCAACAGUCUGAGAAAGAGUUUCAAAAUCACUGUCCUUUCUGGACUUGAUUUAAGAGGAGCACAUUUAGCAUUGUCAGCGAUGGAAGGAGAUUCAGUCACUCUAAACACCAAUUUUAUUAAAAUGGCCGAUGAUGAUCUGUUACAGUGGAAAUUUUUUGAUAAAAACACUUUAAUAGCUGAAAUCAAUAAACAGACUAACAGCUUUACUUUAUAUGAUGAUGUUCUUGGUGGGAGAUUCAGAGACAGACUGAAGGUGGACAAUCAAACUUUAUCUCUGACCAUCACAAACAUCACAACUCAACAUGCUGGACGUUAUGAACUACAGAUAUUCUAUAUAAGGAUUAAUUACUUUCUCACUGUCUAUGGUGGGUUUUAUAAAGAAGAUGAAUUGACACAUGUGACUGAGGGAGAUUCAUUCACUCUGAACUCUGAUCUCACUGAAUUGAAGGACGACGAUGUGAUUCAGUGGAGGUGUGGAUAUGCUGAACACACCAAACAGACUGAAGCUGAACACACGAACUGCAUCUCUGACCAUCACAAACAUCACAUCUGA